AUGGAUGUGCUUUGUGUUGCGUUAGGCGUCUCUUUAUUGUUCGAUAUCAUCACCCUGGGAUAUUCAAAUUGCCUGUUGGGUUGCUCCUGCACAAAUGACAACUUGGGCAGGUCUUUACUAUGUAUGGAAACCUCCAUGGGACAUAUCCCAGACGACAUCCUUGAAGAUUUCACAAAAAUCCGAAUUGAAAACUGCCAUCUGACCGAGUUACCUCAAGGUUCUUUCUCUCGAGCUAGUGCCUUGGAGUUUCUGUGGUUGAAUUUCAAUCAGAUCACCUUGAUGAACAUCAAAAGCCUGGAGGGUCUUGCCAACCUUACUGAACUGAGGCUACAAGGGAACAAGCUGACCUCCAUACCGUGGACGGCGUUUCAAGAUACACCCAAACUCAAAGUCUUGGACCUGAAGCACAACCGGCUGGAUGUGCUACCUGAACAUGCCCUGAAACAGUUGCCGUCACUGACCUACUUAGAUUUAUCCUUCAACCAGCUUACCGUCAUUUCAAAAGAAGUAUUUAUUCACUGGCCACUUUAUAGAAGUGCAGAGAAAUCUUGGGGGAAGGAAGGACUGGUAUCCAAUGUGGUGUUGGCCCUGCAUGACAAUCCCUGGUUGUGUGAUUGCCGCCUCAAAGGUUUUGUUGAAUUCAUCAGGGACGUCAGCCCUCCCAUCAUUCUGAUGAAUUCUUACUUGAUGUGCGCAGGCCCAGACUCUAAGGCCAACAAGUUUUUCCACAAGAUCCAGUUAAAAACAUGCAUGAAGCCCAUGGUUUCUGCCCCAGAGACCAACUUGACUUUACCUCUUGGAGUAAAGGCUACUCUGACAUGCACGGCGAAAGCGAGACCAGUUCCAACCAUCCAGUGGGUGUACAUUUUGAAAACCAUCAGAGGAUUUGCCUCUUCACAGACUCAGAUAGACGAGGAGCUCGUCACCUCCCAGUUGGUGAUCCCCUCUGUACAUUUAGCAGACCGAGGGAUCUACACUUGCAUGGCCAACAACUUCAUUGACAAUUCUUCUGUCAACAUCUCACUCAACAUUGACUCACCCAACUCCUCUGCUCCUCUUCCUCCACUUGUCCCCAUGCUGUCAUCAGAUGACAAUGGCCACAUCGACAUUCGUAUUGCCAAGCAGACAGUUUAUGGCAUCACCCUAGAGUGGCAUGCUGUGACAGACAACCCUGCAGAAACAUGGUUCACCAUCCACUUUGGCAAAUAUGAUUCCCACAAGAAAGACAUGAUCUACAUUGGACCUGGAAUCAACACCUACUCAGUCAGCAACCUGCUCCCUGUCACCAAAUAUGAAGUGUGCGUCACCCUGAAGAACAAUCCACCCAGAGAGGGCCAGUGCAUUGACUUUGUGACAGGAAGUGACAUAAGUGAGUUGGAGCAGAGGGAGAGACUCAUCCAUAUUAUAGUGAUAGUAUGCGCCAUGUUGCUGGCUGUUCCGGCUGGAAUGUACGUGUGCACCACAGAGGCCAGAUUCAGUUGCGUGGAUCGAUGUGUGCAUCUAUGGAAGAUGCGCAGGUCGCGUGAAGAGAGCGCUGAAGGCACUGAGGGGCAGCAGACCUUCAACAGUCUGCAGGCGGCCAGUGACGAAGCACUGUGCAGGGACUCCAAGAGUAAACAUACAAAGAGGCGGAAGUCUGAGGACAGGCGCAAAAGUGGAAGUGCCGCUUACCUCUACUAG